GUGACCGUCCCCACCUUUCCAACAUGGCGGCGCCCAGUUCCUCCGUCCGGGCGCUUCACCUCCUACAGCGGGUCUGCUCUGAGUAGCACUGGCUUACAACCGCUAUGUUUGCUAGCACAUCCAGACUUCACGUUCUUCAGUUCAAGAAUAAAGGUCUGAAAAGGAUUUUCUCUGGGAUUCAACCAACCGGGAUCCCUCAUCUGGGAAACUACCUCGGUGCCAUCACAAGCUGGGUGAAGCUACAGGAAGAAUGCAGCUCCGUUUUAUACAGCAUUGUGGACCUCCACUCCCUCACCAUACCAAGGGAACCAACAGUUUUACGCACGAGCAUCUUAGACGUCACUGCUGUUCUCCUUGCCUGUGGCAUCAGUCCGCAGAAGUGUUUCAUUUUCCAACAAUCCCAGGUGCCUGAGCACGCAGAGCUCGCCUGGAUUCUGGGAUGUCUCACAAGCCUGCCACGCCUGCAGCACUUUCCACAAUGGAAGGUGAAGAAUGCCAGCCAAAUGAAUGAAGGAACAGUUGGUCUGUUCACCUAUCCUGUUCUUCAAGCCGCAGAUAUUCUCCUUUACAAGUCAACCCAUGUUCCUGUUGGAGAAGAUCAAGUCCUGCACUUGGAGCUGACCCAGGAUACGGCCCGACGCUUCAACAAAAAAUACGGAGAAUUCUUUCCAGUGCCCACUGCCAUUCUAACGGAAUCAAAGAAGAUCAAGUCACUCAGAGAUCCCACAUCCAAGAUGUCCAAAUCGGACCCUCAGAAGUUCGCCACGGUGAACAUAACAGACAGCCCCGAGGAGAUAAUGCUGAAAUUUCGUAAGGCUGUCACAGACUUCACCUCUGAGGUGACCUAUGACCCUGCUCACCGCCCUGGGGUCUCCAACCUGGUCGCUAUUCACUCUGCUAUAACAGGACUCAGCACGGAGGAGGUGGUACGUCAGAGCACUGGCCUUGAUACUGCUCGCUAUAAGGCAGUGGUAGCAGAGGCAGUCGCUGAGAAACUUGCACCAAUUAGGAGUGAAUUUGUGAGGCUAAAAGAAGACAGAUCUUACCUGGAGAAGGUUUUAUGGACCGGAGCAGAGAAAGCCAAAGAGCUUGCAGCCCCCGUAUAUUCAGAAAUCAAAAGGCUGGUGGGAUUGCAUUAACCUCAAGGAAAAGCAGCUAGUGCCUUUCAUAAUCUGAGUUCAGCCUUGGUUACCUUGACUCCUCUGUCUUACUAGAGGUCCUCUGUGUUUUUGGAUCCAUGAGUAACCAAAUAAUUACCUCAGGGACAUUAAAGGGACCAGGCUUGGAAAUUGCGAAGAGCCAAAUAAGCAGACAUCCGAGCUAAAGAGUGCUUUUCUCCCUGCCUCUGCCCAAAAAAAGGUUUGAGCUGAGGAAAAAAACUGAAUCCUUUCUGCAUGAGAAAUGCAGCUUUUCUGUGGCCUGUUUGUUUUCUGGAAGGGACCUGUGCAAAUUUCAGCCUUUGGUACAUGCCCAGCCAAAGCCUGUAUUGACUCCUCAGUAAUUCUCUGAGAACCUGAACACUGUUGAUCAGAGUGUCUGUGGGAUCAGUGUCAUCCCUAACACUGGCUCUGGCUGGUCCCUCUGGCAGUCUUAAGAUGUUUUCUCACAUUACAUUUUCUACUCAAGUAUAGCUA